AUGUCGACACACCAGGGUUCCGACCUGUUCAGCGAAGGGAAGCAUGAGGGGUUCUCCAAAUAUGUCAAACGCAUAAGAACCGCAAUGAGGAGGACCUCUACCAUCAAGGCAUUUCCGGCGCCCGGUAUACAGGGGGCUACUGAGGUACCCGCCUCCAGUCAGAACACUACCCUGACAGUUACUCCUCGCCCACCUGCCACCAGUGUGGCCCCCAAUGCGACGGUGCUCUCCAACUGGGGAGUCAUCCAAGAACAGAAGGCGCGCGCAUUGUUCGCAAAGUAUGGAUUAGCCGUCGAGCCGGGAGAAUGGAAGGCGGCUAGCGAUAUGACCGUGCAGCGAGUGGUCAGGCCGAUCCGUAUGCGAGUCCGCCGUACCUGCCACCGCUGCCAGACCAUUUUCGGACCCAACAAAGCUUGCGUCAAUUGUCAACAUGUUCGCUGCACAAGCUGUCCGCGGGACCCCAUUGCGAAGCCCGACGACAAACAGGCACAGACCGAAGCUGCACUCCAAACCCUCCUGUCGCAGAAAACGCCUGAGAUCGCGCCGGCGCCGCGCCAAUUCAGAGAACCUCGCUUGACCCUACCCUCACGUACCGGUGGCCAGGAUUUGGUCCAUAACCAACCUCGCCAGAGGAUCCGGCGAACCUGCCAUCGCUGCAACACCGUUUUCGCCGCAGAUGCUAUGGAAUGCAAUACCUGCCAACACAUUCGCUGUACCUUGUGCCCUCGCGAACCGGCGAAGCUUAACAAAUACCCGAAUGGGUAUCCCGGAGACGCCGAGCCUCCCUCGGAACUACCUGCACGGACAUGGAAGAAGCCCCGUCAACGGGUUCGAUACUUUUGUCACCGCUGCAACAACGUACUCCAGUCGCGAGAAACCAUCUGCUCCCAUUGCGGGCAAGAGAAAUGUGACGAAACCAUACGAGACCCGAAACGCAAAGAAAGGCCAGAACCCGACCCUGAGAUAUCGAAACGAGUCGAAGAGCGAUUGGCGCAUGUGAAGAUAGUGAGCAUGGGAUAAAUGGAACGCUGAAAUGACUCAUUGUCAAUUCAUCCCACGAUCUACGGCCCUAGUAAAAUGCUCAACAAGUUCUCUCUUUUUCCCUCGCCAGAGCCCGUUCACCCAUACGGCCGGCCUUUUGCGGAAGCCUCACGUAUUCUUGUCCUCAGCCUGGAUAGCCUGAGAAUAGCGCCCAGACGAAUAGCCCCGGGAAGAGUUUGGUGGGGGCACAGUAGGGCUGGUCCUGGACGGCUGAAUUGGUACAUGUGAUUGCGUACACUUCAAGGACUGCAGAUGUUUGCAUCUUGAAGCUUCAGUCAUCCUUGAUAACAUAAAGCCCCAGGAGUAAUAUCUCGCUGUGUAAGGCCUGUGGAUAUGCGCUUACGAUGGUAAUUCUUCAGCAAAAAACCAAACCCAGCGUUACAUCGCUGGACUUGCUACGAAAU